CGUAGUGCGUGGGCGGAGCUCAAAGUUCCAGCGCGGCCGCCGAGUCUCCCCUGGGGAGUGGGCGGCUGCCCCUUUUCUCUCAGGCCCCGGCUGUCAAAUUAGGGCUAAUCCCAGCAGAACUCAACACAAGCCAGCGCCUAUAUUAGGCCCGACGUCGAAGUUAAGGCCCGACUCAAGACAAGCAUAAGGUCGUGAGGAGAUGCAGGGCGAUCCCUCUGGCUUAAUCGGGCCGUGGUCACCGAGAGACGAAAGCGAAAGAUACUCCUUCCUGGCUAGGAGGACGCCCUUCCUUCUUCACCCUUUUGUUCUUUUCCCUCCUUGGUUUUUGGCCUCUGACUGGCCUUUGUACGCGGGAAUGGAACUCCAACUCCCGGCAGGCCACGGGAGCAGGCGCAGGCGUGAUCGAGGUGCUCAGCCACGCUACAAGAGGCGGGCCUAGUGUUCAGCAUCUGAUUGGCAAAGCGUUUUGCAACCUUCGCUCGCUGAUUGGCUGAGAUAGCUGCCGGAAAGGGCCAGCCUCGAGAUGGGAGAGCGGAGGCGUUCUGUGGGCUGGGCUGAGAGCCUCCUCCCCGAGACAGCAUCGACUUGACCCCCGGCCCCGGAGGGCCCGAGCUAGGGGGCUGUCUUAGUAAAUUCCGGCAGUGCCUCCACCCUCCGGUGGCGGAGACACAGAGGGCGGGUCGCACUCGAGGGUCAGGAAGGAGAGUGACCCGGCCCGGGUCCCGGGCCCUCCCCACCCGCCUGGCGGCCAGAACUCCAGCCCUGGGGAGUGGGCAGGGCCUAUCUUCCGUGCCUCACGCCCUGCUUUUCGCCUCCUUUAGCGCUGUCUGCUAGCUGCUUUUCCUGCUCUCUCUUCUGGGAGGCGAAUCCUUGAGCCCGAGAUGGCAGCCACCCUGCUCAUGGCUGGGUCCCAGGCACCUGUGACAUUUGAAGAUAUGGCCAUGUACCUCACUCGGGAAGAAUGGAGACCUCUGGAUCCUACACAGAGGGACCUUUACAGGGAUGUCAUGCAGGAGAAUUACGGAAACGUUGUCUCACUAGAUUUUGAGAUCAGGAGUGAGAACGAAGUGAAUCCAAAGCAAGAGAUUAGUGAAGAUGUGGAAUUUGGCACUGCAUCUGAAAGACCUGUGGGGAACACCGAGGAAAAUCCUGAAAAUGAAGAAGGCUUUGAAAGCAGGGAGAGACCCGAAAGACAGUGGGGAGAUUUAGCAGCCGAAGAGUGGGUGAGCUAUCCUCUUCAACAAGUCACUGACCUGCUCGUUCACAAAGAAGUCCACACGGGCAUCCGGUAUCAUAUAUGUUCUCAUUGCGGAAAGGCCUUCAGUCAGAUCUCAGACCUUAAUCGACAUCAGAAAACCCACACCGGAGACAGACCCUAUAAGUGCUACGAAUGCGGAAAGGGCUUCAGUCGGAGCUCACACCUCAUUCAGCAUCAAAGAACACACACCGGGGAAAGGCCUUAUGACUGUAACGAGUGUGGGAAAAGUUUCGGAAGAAGCUCUCACCUCAUUCAGCACCAGACGAUCCACACUGGAGAAAAACCCCACAAAUGUAACGAGUGUGGGAAAAGUUUCUGCCGGCUGUCUCACCUCAUCCAGCACCAAAGGACCCAUAGUGGGGAAAAGCCCUACGAGUGUGAGGAGUGUGGGAAAAGCUUCAGCCGGAGCUCUCACCUAGCUCAGCACCAGAGGACCCACACGGGUGAGAAGCCUUACGAGUGUAAUGAAUGUGGGCGAGGCUUCAGCGAGAGAUCUGAUCUCAUCAAACACUAUCGGGUGCACACGGGGGAGAGGCCCUACAAGUGUGAUGAGUGUGGGAAGAAUUUCAGUCAGAACUCCGACCUGGUGCGCCAUCGCAGGGCCCACACGGGAGAAAAGCCGUACCACUGUAACGAAUGUGGGGAGAAUUUCAGCCGCAUCUCGCACUUGGUCCAGCACCAGAGAACGCACACAGGGGAGAAGCCGUACGAAUGUAACGCCUGUGGGAAAAGCUUCAGCCGGAGCUCUCAUCUCAUCACACACCAGAAAAUUCACACCGGAGAGAAGCCCUACGAGUGCAAUGAGUGUUGGCGAAGCUUCGGAGAAAGGUCAGAUCUCAUUAAACACCAGAGAACCCACACCGGAGAGAAGCCCUAUGAGUGCGUACAGUGUGGAAAAGGUUUCACUCAGAGCUCCAACCUCAUCACCCAUCAAAGAGUUCACACGGGAGAGAAGCCUUACGAAUGUACUGAGUGCGAGAAGAGUUUCAGCCGGAGCUCGGCGCUUAUUAAACAUAAGAGGGUACAUACUGACUAAGUCCUGUAAUUAUAAGAAAUGAUUCACUUGAAGGUACAAUUUUAUUUGAUAGCAAAGAGCUCCCUCAAGACGGAGCUGCUUUUACCGUAGUGAGGUUCCUUGCCGGCCAUCGUUUGAAACAUCAAAGAAGAUCAGCCAUUUGAAAUUCUGACCCACAACUUUGGGAAUGUUCCCCCCUUCUCCCAAGGAGUGAUUUUUUUUAUUCACUGAAUAGUAAUGAAGUACUUCAUCAGAAUCAGCUCCACAAGUAACUGGGAAUCUGAAGACCAGGGGAUGCAUGCUGGUAAAUCCUCAGGAUUGGAAAUGGAGUAAAUCCUUAAAAGUUAUCUCUCUCAUCCGUGGCCCAAAGAACUAUGCUAGGGGGAACGUUGGACUGUAAUAGGGUGGUCACAGCUGCUUCGGAAAAAGACAACCAGAGACUGCCUGAAUUGCCACACCUGUUCACUCUCCAUAACUGUUGGGCACGCACAUCUUCCCCCUUGAAAGGCGUUUUCCUUGAGUUGCGUAUGCAUUUGUAUCUUUCCAUCUUCCUGAGGGCAGGAUUCUGCACGAUGAAGGCAACGAUCAUAACCGUUUCCCUCAUUGUCCCUAAUUACCUUUAUUCAAGCUUGCAUCUUUGCAAGAGCUAACUACAGAUGCAGAUUAAAAGGAAACAUGAGACACGGGUUUGGGGACCAAGGACUCAUCAAUGGUGGUGACUUUAGCAAGAGCUGGUUACUGUUGUUAUUGCCACUGAUCAAAAUGUAUUCCUUUUCUUUGGGGGAUCACUGUAGGGAACAAUGUAGGGAGGGUAUCUUCAAGGGAA